GUCAAAAAGAGCCGGCGAUUGUGUGCCUUGUCUACCUUAGCCAAAAAAGAAAGCAAGAAACGAUCACUAAAAUCAAGAGAGAACCCCAUUAGAGAAGUAAUGUGGAGAUAACCCAUGAAAGGGUUCACAAUACUCUGCUUUUGGUUCUCUCUGUUCUGUGUGUUUGAAGCUUCUGUGGCUGUUGAUGGUGAUUUAAUCCUUGCAAAUAGGACUCUUAAGGAUGGCGAAACAAUAAUUUCGUCUGAUGGGAAUUUCGGACUGGGUUUCUUCAGUAUUGGAGGUUCAAAGAACAGGUAUUUGGGGAUCUGGUACACGUUCUCCAAUGAAACAAUUGUGUGGAUGGCGAACAGAGAAGCUCCUCUCAACGAUUCGUCAGGGGUUUUGGAAUUCACACCAAAUGGAGUCCUUCAACUUCGCAAUAGCUCAAAUAUUGUUGUGUGGAAUUCAAGCCUAUUUCAAGCAGCUCGAGACCCAGUAGCGCAGCUAUUGGUGACUGGAAAUCUUGUUGUCAGAGAAUCAAGUGAUGACAAUGAAGACAACUAUCUGUGGCAGAGUUUUGAUCACUUGACUGAUACGUUUCUGCCUGCAGUGAAAUUUGGGGUAAACUUGGUUACUAAAUCUGAUUCAGUCUUGAGGUCAUGGAUUAGUUUGGACGAUCCUUCACCAGGCGAUUCGACAACCCAGAUGAAUACAAGUGGGUAUCCCCAAAUCUACAUAAGGAAAGGUAAAAAUAUUGUGUUUAGGUCUGGUCCAUGGAAUGGAAUUAGGUUUAGUGGAAUGCCUAAUUUGAAGCCAAACCCAAUUUACACUUAUAAGUUUGUGAUGAAUGAGAGGGAGAUUUAUUAUAGAUAUGAUCUCACAAAUAAUUCGGUUUUUACUCGAAUGGUGUUGAACAAUGAAGGUAUAUUGCAGCGUUUCACAUGGACUACUCGAACGCAAGGUUGGAAUUUAUACUUAACAGCACAAAUGGAUAACUGUGACAAUUAUGGGACUUGUGGUGAUUAUGGUACUUGCAACAUAAACAAUUCACCUGCCUGCGAGUGCUUGAAAGGGUUUGUGCCGAAAUUUCCGCAAGAUUGGGAGUCUGGGGAUUGGUCUAAUGGGUGUGUGAUGAAGAGUAACAUGACUUGUGGGGGUGGAGAGGGUUUUAGGAGGAUUUCAAGUGUGAAGUUGCCUGAUACAAGGGAGGCUCAGUUUAAUAGGACUAUGGACUUAAGAGAAUGUGAAUUGGUUUGUUUGAGUGACUGUUCUUGUAAAGCUUAUUCAACUUUGGAUAUCAGUAAUGGGACUGGAUGCUUGCGUUGGUAUGGAGACCUGAUUGAUAUCAGACAGUACACUGAAAAUGGGCAAGAUUUUUUUCUCAAAUUGCCUGCUUCAGAAUUAGACACAAGUAGUAGUUCCGACAGAAGGAGAGUGGCGUUGUUCAUAGUCAUCCCUGUAGUAGCUAUGGGAUUUAUUUUCAUGGGACUAUGCCUGCUUUUGCGCAUGAGGAAAAAGAAGCUCAGGAGAGAAGAAGGGAUGUCUAUGCGUCAAAUUGAAAGAGAUUUCAUUGAUCAAAGCAGAGAGAAAGAUUUAGAGCUGCCUCAGUUUGACUUUAUUACUAUAGCUACUGCAACUAAAAAUUUCUCUGAUUAUAAUAAGCUUGGAGAGGGUGGAUAUGGACCUGUUUACAUGGGCAUGUUGAAAGAUGGACAAGAAAUAGCAGUGAAGAGGCUUUCAAAGGAAUCCACACAAGGUCUUGAUGAAUUCAAGAAUGAAGUCCUAUGUAUUGCCAAACUUCAACACCGGAACCUUGUGAAACUCCUAGGAUGUUGCAUUCAAGACGAAGAAAAGAUGUUGAUCUAUGAAUACAUGCCAAAUAAAAGCUUGGACGCCUUCAUUUUCGAUAAGAAGCAAAGUGCAUUACUGGACUGGCCUACACGCUUCCAUAUAAUCAAUGGGAUUGCUCGGGGGCUUCUUUAUCUUCAUCAAGAUUCAAGGCUCAGAAUCAUUCAUCGAGAUCUAAAAGCGAGCAAUAUAUUACUGGACUAUGAUAUGAACCCGAAAAUUUCAGACUUUGGCUUGGCUAGAAGCUUUGGAGGAAAUGAAACUCAGGCCAACACAAAAAGAGUGGUUGGAACAUAUGGCUACAUGUCACCGGAAUAUGCAAUUGAUGGGCUAUUCUCUUUGAAAUCCGAUGUAUUUAGCUUCGGAGUAUUGGCACUAGAGAUAGUGAGUGGAAAGAGAAACCGGGGAUUCUUUCAUCCGGACCACAAGCACAACCUUCUCGGUCAUGCAUGGAGACUGUAUAAAGAAGAGAGGUCUUGGGAAUUGUUGGACGAGUCUUUGAAGGAAAGUUCUGAUUCCAUCAUGUUUGAAGUCUUAAGAUCAAUCCAUAUCGGUCUAUUAUGCGUUCAGCAAAACCCGGAAGACAGACCUAACAUAUCACAGGUGGUUCUGAUGUUGAGCAGCAACAUUGCACUGGCUCAGCCUAAAGAGCCUGGAUUUUUCACUGAGAGGAAUCCAUAUGAACAAGAGUCCUCUUCAAGCAAGCUUGAUUCUUGCUCGACCAACGAAAUCACCAUUACGAUGUUAGCAGCUCGAUAUAUUAAUUCUUACAUGUCCAAGAAGAUGGAAAAGUCCUCUAGCAAUCCUGUCGAUAAUGCUGCGACGGUUAUGCCAGUUGAAAAUGCCAAAUCUAAUUCAAUCCCUUCAUCAUCGCCUGUAAACCAAGGUGACACAGAGCUUUCAACAGGAGAAAUAACAGUGAAAAAUGUUGGAAGGAAACCAUUUGAUCUCCAUUGGCCUAAAGCACCUAAACAUAUAUGCAAUCUCAAGAACAAUGUCAACUCAUUAGACUCCUCAGUCCAGAUUUCUGUUGAAAGAUUCUUCUACCGCGGUUCUAAUGUAGAGAUGCUGCACUCAUUUUUGGACAUGAUCCAUAGGUGGCCGAAGAGGUCUCAGCUUCAGGACAUUGUUGCACGCAUAGAAGACCGACAUGAAUGCAUCGCAACACUUCAUAGCAAACGAAAGAGUCGCCUAAGGUCCCAUCAGCUAGUUCCUGUUGAACUGUGUGAGGUUUGCCCAGACUUGUGUUUAUCUGCAUGUGUUAGUAGUUCAUCUAUAGAGAAGUCCUCUGGCAAUCCCGUCGAUAAUGUGAAGCCGCUUACGCCAAUCAAAAAACAACUUCACACCUGUAAGACUGUUACUGCUACUGUUCUUAAUCCAAAUUGGUCUCUCCUCUUAAUGUCACAUAUAUUGUUCUUUGUUUGGGGAAAAAGAAUAGAAGCUUGGAGGUCAAGUAUGAGAGAACCAAACACUAAAAUGUUUCUCCUGUGCUUGUUUUUGCAAUUUCUGUUAAGAACAUCCACUUCCCUAGACACUUUGAGUCCAAGCCAAUCUUUGAGGGGGAACCAGACUCUACUUUCCUCUGAUGAAACAUUUGAGCUGGGAUUCUUCAGACAAGAUGGUUCAGUGAAUCAUUACUUAGGAAUCUGGUACAAGAAAUCUCUGGUGAAGACUAUUGUGUGGGUUGCUAACAGAGAAACUCCUCUGGUGGACUCUUUUGGGACUCUGAAUUUGACCCAUCAAGGAGUUCUUGUUCUCUUCAAUGGCAAGAACAGAGUUGUUUGGACAUCAAGCAAUACAACGAGUACUCAAAAUCCAGUACUACAGCUUCUGGACACUGGGAAUCUUGUCGUGAAAAGUGGACAGAAUUUCUUGUGGCAGAGUUUUGAUUUUCUUUCUAACACAUUGUUGCCCGAAAUGAAGAUUGGGAAGAAUUUGACUAGUGGUCAUGAAACAUUCUUGACAUCUUGGAACAGCAAUGAAGAUCCCGGUCGAGGCCAAUUCUCCUUACGAAUGGAUCUUCGAGGCUUUCCACAGAUGUUUCUAUGGAACGGAUCAGCAGCACAUUAUAGGUUGGGGUCAUGGAAUGGUUUACAUUUCACUGGAACACCUGAACUGCCAACAACCAAUCUUGCAGUAUGCAAUUAUCAAUUUGAAAUGAGUAGAAAUGAAGUUUACUACAAGUGUGUUCGUUCGGGCGUCUAUGUUUCAAGAUUGGUUAUCAACGAAUUGGGGUUUGUUGAGCGAUUCAUAAGGACACAAACUAAUGCUUGGGUACGAAUAUACGAAGCGCCACGAGAUGAUUGUGACUAUUACAAUGUUUGUGGUGCAGAUGGUAUCUGCAAUGUUGUCAACAACUCUUCUUCUUGUGAUUGCAUGGAAGGGUUUGUGCCCAAGAAUGUUCAAGAGUGGGGUAGGAAAAAUUGGUCCGGUGGGUGUGUGAGGGAGAGUCCUGUGGAUUGUCAAAGAAAAGAUGGGUUUCAGAGGCAGACAGGCUUGAAAUUGCCUGACACAUCUGGUUCUUGGUUUAAUACAAGCAUGAGUCUUGAGGAGUGCAAGGAAGCAUGUUUUAGAAAUUGUUCCUGUAUAGCGUAUGCAACUUCUGAUAUCAAAACGGGACUUGGGUGUUUGGUUUGGUCUAGUGAACUUCUUGAUAUGAGAAGAUUUGAUGGUGGACAGGAUAUCUACAUACGGAUGGGAACUUCAAAACCAGGUAUGAAUAAGAAGACGCUAGUGGGAAUCAUAGUCUGCUCUGUGGUAUUAGGAUUCCUAAUAGUGGGAUUGCUUGUCUGCAUUCGGCAAUAUAAACUCAGAAAGAAAGGUGAAAAGGAUGUGAUGGAUUUACCAAUAUUUGGUCUGGCAGCUAUAGCAAAAGCCACCGAUAACUUCUCUAUCGACAACAAGCUUGGACAAGGUGGUUUUGGACCUGUAUACAAGGGUACUUGGAUAGAUGGGCAAGAAAUAGCAGUUAAAAAGCUUUCAAAGAGUUCAGGGCAAGGACUGACAGAAUUCAAGAAUGAAGUCAUAUUGAUUGCAAAGCUUCAGCACAGAAACCUCGUAAGGCUUCUCGGGUGCUGCAUCGAAGGAGAGGAGAAACUGUUAGUCUAUGAAUACAUGCCCAACAAAAGCUUGGACUUCUUUAUUUUUGAUCAAAUAAAAGGGAACUUGCUCGAUUGGCAGAAGCGGCUUCACAUUAUCGAUGGGAUUGCUAGAGGACUUCUCUAUCUUCAUCAAGAUUCAAGACUGAGGAUCAUACACAGGGAUCUCAAAGCCAGUAAUGUAUUACUAGAUAAAGAUAUGAACCCGAAAAUUUCAGACUUUGGACUGGCAAGGAUGGUUGGGGUUGAUGAGACUGAAGCAAACACUAAUAGAGUGGUUGGAACUUUUGGCUAUAUGUCUCCGGAGUACGCGGUCGAUGGACUUUUCUCUGUCAAAUCCGAUGUCUUUAGCUUUGGUGUUCUUCUUUUGGAGAUAGUGAGUGGGAAGAAAAACAGAGGAUUUUCACAUCCUGAUCACAACCAUAAUCUUCUUGGACAUGCAUGGAGACUCUGGAUUGAGGAGAAGUCAUUGGAACUAACUGAUAGUACAUUAGGCGACUCUUUCGUUCACUCUGAAGUGCUGCGAUGCAUCCAUGUCGGUCUUCUUUGCGUGCAACAAAGACCUGAAGACAGACCGAACAUGUCAGCUGUGGUACUAAUGUUGAACAGUGAAACUUCAUUGCCUAAUCCAAAGCAGCCUGGUUUUUUCACAGAAAGGAAUAUGCCUGAAGCCGAGACUUCUUCAUCAUGUUCGAAAAAUGAGCUAAGCAUCACUGCAUUAGAACCGCGGUAGAAAGAUCUCUCAACAGAAAUCUGGACUGGGGAGUAUAAUAUGAGUAAUGACAAUGUGUAAUGUUAAACUCUUUCUCCACCUCCUGAACUUCCU